AUGGAGCUACAGCCCAAUGCCACCUCGGCUGCCAAGGAUCUUCUCAAGAUCAAGGGCUCGGAGCUAGAAGCGGUCAUCGACGGAGUGGAUAGAGCUGCUUCCUCGCUGGAGACACAAGUGAGCACGGCAUGGGAGCAGGCACCCACGGCCCUCAACGGUCAGGAGCAGCUGCCUGACUCGCAAAGAAGCACGCUACAUGACUGGGACAGCGGCGGCUACAUGCGAGAGGCCGAAGUGUAUGCAGUGAUUGGCGGGCAGCUGUACCUUAUUGGGCCAGCCGAGUGUCCGGACCUUCGCUGGAUGAUGCAGAUGGUGGAUGCAGAGGCUCAGUUCGCUUCCUUUCAGAACGCGCGAUUGUACAUCGCGGACGUCACCGCUGAAAUCCAGACGAGCUCCACUGUCCGAGACCAG